GAAGGUCAGGAGAUUAUGGCUGGCGCCCCGCCUCCAGACGAUAGCAGCCUGGUGGUGGUGUUGCUGGAUACUAGCCUGCAUUUCUGGAAUGCAGUGGUGAGGUCCUCUUCAGGGCUCCAACAGGUUUUGUCAUUCCUCAAUUCCCUGGCGCUCAUGAAUCACAUGAACCAUCUGGUGAUUAUUGCGAGUGGAUGCAAUUCUUGCGAAUUCUUAUAUGAUUCUUUGGACUCAGAUGAAAGAGCUGGUGCAAAUCACCAGACGGCCUCGGAGAAGAUUGUACACAAAUUAAAUGAUUUCGUUUCCAGGGAUGCUACUCAGCCUCCGAAAUUCCAGCCUUCGCUACUCUCGGCGUCCUUGUCAAUGGCUCUUUGUUAUAUCCAAAGGGCACUCAAAGAAAAGAUAGGUCCUUCCAAGCCCAGGAUGCUUUGCUUGCAAGCCUCGCCUGACGCUCCUCAUCAGUACAUUGCUAUCAUGAAUGCCAUCUUCUCAGCACAGCGUUCCAUGGUGCCAAUCGAUGCGUGCAUGGUCGGUGCUCAACAUUCGGCCUUUCUUCAACAGGCCGCGGACAUUACCGGUGGAACUUACUUAAUGCCGCAACAAGCGGAUUCGCUGUUAGAGUACUUGAUGACAAUUUUCACAGUGGAUUUACACUCUAGGCAAUUCAUCCAGCUCCCCCGCUCGGCAGGAGUGGAUUUUCGGGCCUCCUGUUUCUGCCACAAACGCACAAUUGACAUGGGCUAUAUAUGCUCGGUUUGUUUAUCAAUCUUCUGCAAGCAACAUAAGGAGUGCUCAACUUGCGGCUCAAGCUUUGCUAGCAGCGGCACGAAGCGCAAGACGCCCGCCUCGUGACUCUUACACAGAAUACAACACUGGUGGUGGCCGACCUCCUGCUGCGGUUUUGGUGGUAUUAGUUCCAACUCCCAGGAUCAACUCCCUUCGAGGUUGCUCUUCUCGGUCGAUGCUUGGCUCAUGUCGUGCCGCCGCACGGCCUCCUUGAGCUUUCUCUGAUGCUCUUGGAGUAGUAGCGAGCCGGGACGAAGCGAGUGCUACAUGACAAGUGCCACGACCUUUCCAGCCUUGUAUACGUUACUGUAAGUUCCUUGUCCAAUCUGCAAAGAUAAGAAACGUUCCCAUCAAAUCUUUGCUGCC